CAGAUGUUUGCUUUCAGCUGUCAGAGGUAAAACACACCAAAGGACACAGAGGUAAAGAGACUUGCUUAGACAUCACUGAUUGGGGUGGGGCCUGAGCUGCAACAUUCCUAAAGUUUCUACCAGUAGAGAGCAGUAAGAGUAACAUGAUACCUUGACAGGAACCUUUUUUAUGAAGCGGUUUUACUUUUGAUGAGCAUUUCUAUACGUUUACUUACAUUUAAAUUGUACAAUCAUUCUACUGUGGUGUCAGUUUAAAGGAUCUGAGGAAGUAUUCGAGCACUGCAAGUUUCUGUUUGAUGCCCAUCCCUGUAUGGAAGCAGGAGGUUCUUGCUAGUCUGAGAGUAGCUGUCAGUUUGUUGCAAGUCUGCCUGUUUCAACAAGACACCCUCACCUUAAAGACAGGAAGGCAGAAAGGAAUCCUCUGAGAAUGUCAAGCUCUCUGGUUGUGUGUGAGGUGGACGAAAGCCUGAAGGAAAAACUGAGAAAGUUUAGAUUUCGAAAAGAGACCAGCAAUGCUGCCAUACUAAUGAAAAUAGACAUGAAGAAACAGCUUGUUAUCCUUGAAGAGGAAUAUGAUGACAUCUCACUGGAUGACUUAAGAGAAGAACUCCCAGAGCGGCAACCCAGGUUCAUGGUCUACAGCUACAAAUAUGUCCAUGACGAUGGAAGGGUGUCUUACCCUCUGUGUUUCAUAUUCUCCAGUCCAAUUGGAUGUAAACCAGCUCAACAGAUGAUGUAUGCAGGCAGCAAGAGUCAACUGGUAAAAGAGGCAGAGCUCACAAAGGUCUUUGAAACAAGAAACGCUGAGGAAUUGACAGAAGACUGGCUGAAGAAGCAGUUGGGAUUUUUCGGCUGAAUAUAUGAUUCUUUGUGAAAUAUGCCAGUGGAUCUUCAUUUUCAAUUUCUGUAUAUGUUGUUAUUAAAUGACAUACUGUAUUAAAAGGUUUGAUUUGUCAGCUUUAC